CCGCAUCAUAAAACCACCUAGCAAUAUGCCUACAAGUCUUUUCCCUUAACUCUUUGUCACAAACUCCAAAAAUGCCGUUCCUUUCCUUUCUUCCUUGCAAUAUAUCUUUGGGAGUAGAAGUGAUAAACAUGUCCAAGGGGCCUUUGUGCCUUGGUUUUUUAGGAAGAUUGCUAGUCUUUCUACUUCUUUUACCGCUACUACCCACUAUCUCACAAUCUUCCUCUUCCCUUUCCCCAUCAUCAUCAACACCAUGAUCAAAUUGAGGUAUGUUUGGCAUCAUUUGACUAUUUGCCUUAUCUUGUGCCUUUUUAAUCAUGAAAUCCUUGACUUUCUCCCUUACAUGUUCGGGACAACUAGGACAUUUCAAUGCAUUUCUAAAUCCUCCAACCAAGUGUUGUUUUAAGCGAUAGACCCCUCCUUUUGUUACUUUACCACAAAAGAUACAUGUCCAAUUAUUCUUAUUAUUAGGAUCCGGUUUUCCAUACUUUUUUGCCGGUUCAUAAGCACCAGAUGAUCCGGUUGAUGGAGUGCCGGUAUUAGAACCUUCCAUAGUAAAUUAACAAGCUGAAAAUAGGAAAAGCAAGCAUAUAUUAUGCUACUGUCUACGGCCCUUUCACUUAUACUACUACUGACUGUAAAUUAACAAUUUAAAACAGAAAAAAAAUUAAAAUAGAAACAAAUAAAUACAGUAAAACCGAAACCAAUAAAUAAAACAGAAAAAAAAAAACGUUCAAAAUCAGAGAAGCUAAAAAUAAAUUAAAAAAAAAAUAUACAGAAAAACACAAUUAUAAUCCAGAACCAGAACCGAAAAACAGUAUCUAAAGCGAGAAUCCAGAACCGAAAAACAGGAAAAAAAAAUCAAAAAAAUCAAAAUUAUUAUCCCACAAUUUAACAGAAAAUGACGAAAAAGAAAAGGAGGAGAAAAACAAAUACAGAACCAAAAAACAGAAAAUAAAUUCAAAAAAGUUGAAAAAUAAAUUUUAAAAAAAUCAAAAUUUUAUUCCCAGAAUUUAACAGAAAAAUGACGAAAAAGAAAAGAAGAAAAAAAACGAAGAAAAGGAAGAAAGAAGAAGAAGAAGAAGAAGAAGAAGAAGAAGAAGAAGAAGAAGAAGAAGAAGAAGAAGAAGAAGAAGAAGAAGAAAAAGGAAAAAAAGAAAAAAAAAAGAAAAAAAGAUAGAUUUACAUACCUGGAGCAGAGCCGUGGAGAAGCCGGCGGUGGAGGAGUUGUGGAGGAGAAGACGACGUCGGAGGUGAAGGUGGAGGAGGCCGGGGAGCACGAAUAGACCUAGUAAGAGAGGAAGUGAAACAGAGGACUGAGGGAGGAACAUAGGUCUACAAUUUGGAGAUUUGUUUUCUCCCUCCUUGGGUAGGUGGUCCCAAAUCUCAAGAGUAAUUAAAAUAUGACCAUUGGGUCUCAAGUGGGGCAGGUUUAUUUCAAAAAAAUAAAAUAUAAUAGCAAUCCAAACAAAUUUGUGCCUUGAGACUUAAAGCCCAAAAGGCGCUGCGCCUUGAGCCUAGCAAAAAGCGGACAAAGGCGCGCGCCUAGCCGCGCCUGAUGGACCGUGCUGAGCCUUGGCUUCUCUAGGCACUAAGGGCUGCGCCUAGGUGUGCCUUGCGCCUAGGCGCGCCUUGGGCGUGCUUUUUUAAACUAAGGCUUCGCGCUUUUUAAAACUAAGCUCCUUUUCCACUCAGAAAGGAGAUGGAAGAUUUGUGGCUGUAUUGGUGUAUGUAGAUGAUCUGAUCCUAGCAGGAAAUGAUCAAAGCUCAAUCUACCAUGCAAAAAGUCUAUUGUCAGCUCAUUUUCACAUGAAAGGCCUAGGGGAGUUGAGAUACUUCCUUGGAAUAGAAGUUGACAGAUCCGAGCAGGGCAUAUUUUUAUCUCAGAAGAAGUAUGUGUUGGAUCUCUUAAAGGAAUUCAAAAUGAUGCACAACAAACCUCUAAAACUUCCUAUGGAUCCAAAUACGAAGUUGGUUCCUAAUUCCGGUGAUUUGUUGCCUAACCCUGAAGUCUAUCAAAGGCUUGUUGGCAAACUCAUUUACUUAACCUUGACGAGGCCAGAUAUCUCAUUUACAGUCCAUACUCUUAGUCAGUUCAUGCAUUCUCCCACUACUGUGCAUUUUCAGGCAGCUAAGAGAGUCCUAAGAUAUCUCCUAUCCUCUACUGGUCAAGGAAUAUUACUUGCAGCUAACAAUGCAGCUUAACUAACUGCAUAUUGUGACAGUGACUGGGUUGGUUGCCCUGUCACUCGAAGGUCCACUUCAGGUUUCUGCAUCCUACUUGGAAAGUCUCUAGUAUCCUGGAAAUCAAAGAGACAAGCUGUGGUGUCCAGAUCAUCUGCAGAAGCAGAAUAUAGAUCAAUGGCACUCACUACCUGUGAAGUUCUAUGGAUAUCUCAACUUCUAAAAGAGUUGGGAUUAAGUUCUCUUGGGACUACAAUUGUCAAAUGUGACAAAGGCUGCCAUCUCAAUAGCUGCAAAUCCUGUCUUGCACGAAAGAAUAAAGCACGUAGAAAUUGACUGCCAUUUCAUAAGAGAAAAGCAAGCUGAAGGCAGUAUUCAACCAGAAUUUGUUCCAAGUCAAGAACAGUUAGCAGAUGUCCUAACCAAGAUAAUUCCUGUUUAGCAACACAAAUACAUCCUAGACAAACUUGGAGUUCUACCUAAACCUCCACUCCAAGUUUGAGGAGGAGUGUUAAAGGAUACGAGGCCUAUAGGGGUGUAAAGCCCAAAGGUACUGUCCAUGAUUAGCAGCAAUCAUCAGCACCUAAAUAUCUAGCUAGCCGUUUUGUUGGUAAUUCAGUACAAUAGUACAUCCAUGCAACUGUCAAAUUAAGGCUGUCAUGUGACAGUUAUAGGAAGGGUCUAGGAAGGGUCCUUAGUUUGUCUUCUUGUGCUAGCUGUCCUAGUAUGAUGUUAUAGGAAUAUUAGGUUUGCUGAAUGCCCUCAGUAUAAAUAGAGGAGCUCAUAAUCAUUGUAAGUCUGAUUGAUGAAAAUUAAUGAAACAGUAGCAGCCUUACUCUAUUUCUGAGUUCCCAUAUAUUUGAUAAAAUGCAUCAAAUUAUCAAGGAGUGAUGAUAUAUCAUCCAACUAUACUCUGUUAAAGAAGGUAUGAGGGGGACGAGGGCAUGGUGGGAAGGAGUGAUGGAAGGCGAGGGAGCGAGUAGAAUGGUUCUUUUCUGAGAAAAAGGGAAGGGUUCAAAAUUCAUUCUAUUUGUUUCCUUUUCGGAUUCCAUCCCAUUUUCAGUGUUUAUGAGCCAAACAGCUCCCUCAGGGGAAUCCCUGGAAUGUACAUUAUAAGGAUCAUGAUUAAUCUUUCAGUUGAUUUUGCUAGGUAUACCAUGGAUAGACCACGGUUUGGUGACCAUCUUGAGGCAAUCAAGUUUAUCUGUAAAGAUUUCUGGUCUGAAAUCUUCAAAAAACAGAUAGACAACCUGAAGACAAAUCAUAGAGGUACUUUUGUGCUGCAAGAUAAUCGAUUCCGUUGGCUAUCACACAUUUCUGUUGAUCCGUCACCUGAUAGUUCUGGACCUUCUGGUGCAUCUCAAGAUGCUUCCGAGGCUUCAGUGGAGAACAAAGCUGCACAGGCAGCAAGCAUGCAUCUCUACUUUCCAUGUGGAAUCAUAAGGGGAGCACUUACAAACCUGGGAAUAUCUUGUGCUGUUUCAGCAGAUAUUUCUAACCUUCCUGCAUGUUCAUUUGUGAUUCGGAUAAAGGUUUAGAAUGAAGUUUUCAGCCAGUGCUCUGGAGAAAAUACGUUUCAAGAAUCUCGGUCAUGAGAGUGCGCUACCUUGUCUUGGUUUCCUCUGGCUGUGUGAAGUCGGGAAUAUACAGAGGAUGCCGUGGUAGUGAUUGCUUCCACUGGAAGCCCAUGGAACCUUGAGCUGUUUUCAGUUUUCCUCAGAAGCUAUGCAUAUAACGGAUGGGACAAACUGGAUCUUUAGUUUGAUUUCGAAUUAAAAAUGCUCAAUCACUUUGCCGUACUCUGGAUUAAUAAUGUAGAAUAGUAAAACUAUCUUACCCAUUUUUUCAAAAAUUAUGAUAUGCUGACAUCUGGAAGAAACUGUGUAAUUUCAAACUUUUAAGGAUAUACGGAGUAAUGAUCAUUUUCUUGUCUA